AUGUCAUUAAGGAGCCUUUCAAGCCUUUGUACCCACCUUCGUCUAUGCACCAGAAAGAUAUCUUAUAAUGCAAGGCUAUUUGAAGCUACCAAAUUUGGUAUGCCUGCAAUGUCACCAACUAUGGAGAAAGGUGGUAUUAUAUCAUGGAAAUUUAAAGAAGGUGAUUCAUUCUCAGCCGGUGAUGUACUUUUAGAAGUCGAAACAGAUAAAGCCCAGAUUGAUGUUGAAGCUCAAGACGAUGGGAAACUAGCCAAGAUUAUUGCUAACGAUGGUACUAAGGAUGUUAAUGUGGGUGAAGUUAUUGCAUACCUUGCUGAACCUGAUGAUGAUUUAUCGACAUUGAAGUUACCAGAUGAAGGUGCCCCAGAAGAAAAUGUGCAAGAUAAUACCAACGAUAAACAAAGUAAUACAAAUGAAGUUUCAGCGCCUGAAUCUAGUGUUCAAGAAAAGAAUAAUCAGAACGAAGUACAUAAACAGGAAUCUACUUCAACAGAUACCAAUGUAAAUCAAGUACUUUUUCCAUCGGUGUCAUUGUUAAUGGCUCAGAAUAAUAUUCAAGUUGAAGAUGUUCUUGGAAAAAUUAAGCCAUCAGGUAGAAAUGGCACAAUUCUUAAAGGAGACGUUCUUGCGUACCUCGGCAAGAUAUCCAAAGACUCCGUGGCAAAUAUUGCAAACUAUGUUAAAAAGAGUGAAAAAUUGGACUUAUCAACCAUCGAGUUGAUGUUACCAUCGAAAAUUAGUGAAAGGGAGGAAAGUGUUGGAGCAAAAAUAGAGAAGAAAAGGCAACCGGAGUUACUUCACUAUGAUCUUAUAAUUAAUGUCUCAAGGGGCACAACGUCGGAAGCUCUAAAUGAAUCAAUAAGCUCAUAUAUUCAAAAGUACUAUUGCCGCUCCCAUAAGGAGCCAUUAAUGGAUGUUAAAUCAAAAAAUUACAGCCCAUUAUUUGAAGACUUAAUAAAAGUAGAACCAAAAAAUAUAAGGUUCACUGUGGAUUAUAAAUUAUCUCCCUUGGAAAAGGAAUCCAAGAGUAAGAGGCAAGAUGAUAUCCUCAAUUUAUUAGCGAAUAACAAAGAGGAAACAUGUAUUGAUGAAUUCAAAGAACAGCGAACAUCCAUGCCAUAUGCCUUAUUAUUAGAUGUCACUGUAAGCCCAAAAUAUGAUGACAGUAAAAGGAGAGCAGAAGAGUUUAUAAAAUACAUAAAACAAUUGGAAUCGGAAGUUUGA